AUGGCCACUGUCAAGAAGUUUCAGACGCUGGUUCCUCUGAAUCACAAAGGAGGUACUGAAUUUGAAAUUGUCCAAGAGGCCAAGCUGCCCAUGUGGUUCCACGUUGAGUAUCUGGAAGAUCCAAAGAGAAUGGAUGUGGAACCGUUGCUAGUGGAAAUCAUAUUUGGUAAGAACGGAGAGCACAUCCCGCAUAUUGAAAUUACAUUGCACACAGUGAUUCAUGUGAACGUGUGGGGUCCUGAAAAACGAGCUGAGAUUUGGAUCUUCGGACAGCCUUCUUUUCAAAAGGACGUUGCUCAGAUGCUCUCUAAUGUGGCUCACCAUUGCCGCAUGAAACUCAUGGAAAAGGAGGCUCUGGAGGCUGGAGUUGAGCGUCGUCUUAUGGAGGCCCGUAAGGCGGCCACCCAGCCGAUUCCUGUGACAGUCCGUUAGGCUGCCACCCAGACGGCUCCUGUGAAGGUCCGUGAGGCUGCCACUCAGACGGCUCCUGUGAAAAUCCGUGAGGCUGACACCCAGCCGACUCCUGUGACAGUCCAUGAGUCUACCACGCAGCCGACUCCUAUGCUGGUCUGUGUGGCUGCCACCCAAAUGGAACCGGUGAAGGUCAAUAAGGCUGCCACCCAACAGUCUCCUGUGAAGGUCUGUGAGGCGGCCACCCAGUUGGCUCCAGUGCAGGUCCGGGAGUCUGCCACCCAGACCGCUCCUGUGAUAGUCUGUAAGUCUGCCAUCCAGACUGCUCCUGUGAAGGUCAGCGAGGCUGCCACCCAACCGACUCCUGUGAAGGUCAGCGAAGCUGCCACCCAGUUGGCUCCGGUGCAGGUCCAUGAGGCUGCCACCGAACAGUCUCCUGAAAAGGUCUGUGAGGCGGCCACCCAGCUAUCUCCUGUGAAGGUCAGCGAGGCUGCCACCCAGCCGACUCCUGUGAUCUGUGAGGCUGCCUCGCAGCAGACUCCCGUGGAGGUUGCUGAUGCUACCCAGUUGGCUCAGUUGAAGGCUGGUGAAGCCUUCUCCCAGCACACUUCAGGAGAGGUCCACCAGGUUGUCAGUGGGCAGUCUCUCAUAGAAGUCUGUGAGGCUGCCACACAGCAGCGUUCUGUAGAUGUCUCUAAGGCCUUGUCCCAGAAGUGUACUGAGGGUUUUGAGUGCAAGACCCAGAGUUCUUUGGAUGGCAGUUAUGUCAUAAUUUAG